AUGGUGCAGUACCUGGACACUCCGAAGAAGGACACAGGCCUUAUGUUGGCCCAUCAUCUCGUAACUCUCCUGCUAAUCGGAUUCUCAUACCUGGCAAGAUACGUAAAGCCGGGAUGCAUUGUGUAUCUGCUGCACGAUGUUUCCGACGCAAUUUUGGAGUCAGGGAAGCUUGUGGUAUACUCCAAUGGGCGUGGAAAUAAGCCACAUCCUUGGGGUGAACUAAUUUCGACGUUCCUUUUCGUCGGCUUCACUUGUUCUUGUCACCUCACUACGAACUCACCGGAUGGCUUUCUGACAAUUUUUAGGUUCGUUUUGAGGAUCUACCUGUUCCCGCUGCGUCUGUUGCACGUCUCCAAUUGGUGCAUUUACCUGAAACGGGACUUAAUGAUGUUGAAGUUCUACCUGCCUUUCAAUUUCCUACUUGUGGCACUCUUCACGAUGCAUCUUAUAUGGGGCUGGUUUAUACUUCAAAUGGCUGUCCGUCUCGUAUUGGGCCAUUCAAGUCGGCUCGAAGACAUUCGCGAGGAGGAGGAAUCAAAUGGAAAUGUUCUGAAGGACAAGAAGGCAUAG